AUGGCUGCUACCCAAUUGUUCAUCACAUACUUUGCUAUGAUCUCGGCCAUCAUGCUCUCCGCAUUUGGGGAGCUAUCAGUAGACUUUUACGACGAAGUUUGCCCGCAGGCAUUGCCCACAAUCAAAGUAAUGGUUGAGGAGGCGAUCGCUCUUGAGCCUCGGAUGGGUGCGUCGUUGGUCCGGUUACACUUCCACGACUGCUUUGUUAAUGGUUGUGAUGGAUCAAUUUUGUUGGAUGAUACCCCAGAUUUCAUCGGCGAGAAGACGGCAGCGCCUAACAACAACUCCGUUAGGGGCUUCGACGUGAUCGAUCAAAUUAAAGCUGCUGUCAAUUUGGCGUGCUUAGGAAAUGUGGUCUCGUGUGCUGAUAUCCUGGCUGUCGCUGCUCGAGACUCCGUUGUGGCUCUUGGAGGAGGCUCCUAUGAUGUGCUCCUAGGCCGAAGGGACACCACGACGGCAAGCAGGGACGCAGCGAAUACCAAUAUCCCAUCUCCUCUCUUGGAUCUUCCAGACCUCAUCGCCAACUUCGAGUCCCACGGUCUGGGCCUCGUCGACCUCGUGGCCCUCUCCGGCGCGCACAGCCUUGGCUUCUCUCGAUGCCUUCUGUUCCGAAACAGAAUCUACAAUGAGACAUCCACCAUCGACGGCGACUUCGCCGCCUCCCUCCAGGCCGUGUGCCCACCGUCGGGCGAUGACGACAAACUCGCACCGCUGGAUGAGUCUCCGGUGAGCUUCGACACGGCCUACUACCAAGACCUAGUGGAAAGCAGGGGACUGUUGCACUCGGACCAGCAGUUGUUUAAGGGGGACGGGAGCUUGGCUGGUGAGCUGGUGCAGAAGUAUAGCGGGAACCGUGAUGCCUUCUGGGCUGACUUUGGGACGGCUAUGAUUAGGAUGGGGAACUUGAGCCCCUUGACCGGGAGUGAUGGGGAGAUUCGUGAGAAUUGUCGAGUUGCGAAUUAGGAUGAGAUGAAGAGUUUGGUUGGUUGUUUGGAUUCGAGGGUUUUGUACAUGGCGUGGCACUGUGCUGUUUCUGGGUGUUCACGAGAUGGAUUCUUGUAUGUAUUAAGUGUUUUUAGCAAAAGGUUUCAUGCAUUACUUUAGCAUCAGAGGAUUCUGUUUUUUACCUUGGUUGCAUUUCAGCCAGCUGCAUCUUCUAUAAGAUAUUCUUUUGGAAGUCGAAUAUGA